GUUUAGUAUAAAUAUGACACGCGAGGUUACGCAAAUCAUCCAUUCCUGGUUGGCUGGUUGAUCGUGACGGUGGUCAAUUUCGGAACAAUGUUGAAGUUUGUGAUUUGUCUGGCAUUCCUGGGCCUGGUGGCCGCCUACGACUUCAAGGAUUCGUUCUACAACGAACUCCUGCUGGAAGAUCUACUCGACUCGGAGGAUGUCCUGACCUCGGCCGAUCGGUUCCGGCGUUCUCCGGCCAUGGCGGACCCGGCGGACGACAAGUGCAAGAAGCAGCACCACAAGCACAAGUGCUGCAACGAUGCCAACACCGACAACCUGGACAAGAUCCGCGACCUCAAGAAGCAGUGCUUCAGCGAGCAGAAGACCAAGGAGCGUUCGGCGCGCGGCAUGAUCGACCCCGUGGACAUGUUCAACUGCGAGAAGAUGAACAAGACGAAGCAGGACCUGAUCUGCGCCAUCGAGUGCGUCGGACGCAAAAAGUCCAUCCUGGACAAGGACGGAAACCUGCUCGAAGCCACCAAGCUGGUCCCGUUCGUGAAGGAAAACUUUGCCGCUGACCCGUGGCAAGAGCCUCUCGUGGAGGGCUUCGUCGAUACCUGCCUGAAGGAGGUCGCGGAAAAGAUGGCCGCCAAGACGGAGGAGUUCCGGUGCAAUCCGGCCUCGUCCCACUUUGGCUACUGCAUGUGGCGCCAGACGACGAUGGCCUGCCCCAAGGAGAAGCAGGAGCAGUCGAAAAAGUGCGAAAAGAUCCGCGAGAAGCUGGCCAACAACGAACCGAUUACGAUGUUCGGCAAGCAUGACUUUGAUGACAACUGAGCGCGAUGAUCUAUAGUUGAGUGAUGGAAAUAAAGAUGUGAUGAUUGCAUGUGGAAAAA